GUUGUUGUUAGUGCUGCGCUGUACUGUAUGCGUGUGGCUGUGUGUGUGUGUGUGCUUCUAUUGCUGCGAUUGCCACUACCACUGAACUGACUCUGGUUGAGUAUUUGCUGAAAGCAAGCUGGCAAGCAAGCCGUGAGUGACACAACGCAACGCAGCCAAAGCAUACAGUGGUUUUCGGUGGUUGGUGGGCCAGAAACGCAAUUCACAAAUUUCAUGUUCGUCUAUUCGGACCUAGGUUUCGGAGGUGCUCGCUCGCUCGUCGCAGUGUGUGCACUAUUACACGUCUCGUAACGUUUUUUCUUAAGUUUUUGUUCAAACCGAAAUACAACAAAAUAAAUUAAAAAAAAAAAAAAAAACAACAACAACACAGCAACAUAAAAAAAAUCAAUUCAAUUAACAACAACAAAAAAUCCACUACAAUAAUAAAACAAAUUUAAAUCAAUCAACAAAAAUAGUAGAAAAAAACAACAACAACAAAAUAGCAACAAAAAUUCGACAACAAUUCUUUCCACCACACAAUAACAACAAUAACAUUUGCAAAAUACCCAUUUUCCCCCCGUCAGCAAGAAAUGCAUUAAACAAAAAAUAUAAACAAAAGGAAUUUUAUUUCGAAAAAAUAAGAGAAAACAAUUUUUUGUAUGGAAAUUGAAAGAAAAAUAUAAAAAAACAAUUUUCCAGAGAAUAAAGAAAAGCAAAGGAAAUCAAGAAACAUCCCUUAAAGCAAGCAAGCAAGCAGUGCAGGAAAAGUGCAUCCAUCCAGCUAGCUAUCAGCUUCUCCUUUGAGGUAGAAGCAGGCAUUAAAACACCAACAACAACAAAUUGCAAAACAAGCGAUUUUGUAUGGCAGAAAAAGCGAUAAUUAUACCCUUUCUCAGCGGCAUCCAAGUGACAACAAAAUGUCAACGGCAAUGCAUUAUCAAUUAAGCAGAACAACAACUGCCCAUGGAAAUAACGCCACACGGAAACAACAAAAAAAUUUGAAUCGUACGCAAAAACCUAAAAUGGUUGUAAUGUGAAAUUUAAAAAAUUAAAAAAAUGAAACAUUUUUGGCAUAAAAAUUAACAACAAAAUUAAUUGGCUUAAAACAAGGCAAACAAAAAAAAAACGGAAUCUUUCGGUAGAAAAAAAAAACAAGUUUGGCUAAACUCAAAAGUAAAUAAAAAAAACAAAAAUUUUUGGCAUAUUUUGGUAAAAAAGAAAAAAAUUAAUUUAAAAAAUCCAAAAAAGUGUAAAAAAACCCAAUUUUGUAAAAUAAAAAAAAAUUCUUUUUCGGCAUAAAAAUAUUAUCACACACAAAAAUAUUCAUUAAUUUACCAUAAUUAUGUAAUAACAUAAAAUACAACAAAAAAAUUAAACAUUAUAUCAAAAAUAUCUAUUUAAAAUAAAAAAUCAUAUAAAUUAUCAUAUUUAUCAUCUAAAAAAAAAACAAAAAAUAUUAUCUUAAUUAAAAAAUUAAUGGAAAAAUAUAAAUUUUUAAUGUAACUUUUAAAUAUAUUCUUUUGAAAAAAAAAAAACAAAAAUCUCGUCUAAACCGCCAAAAGGAUGACGACCACAUAAGAGUGUAAUUAAAUAAAAAUCAAAUAAAAUUUUGUUUUGAAAAUUUCGAAAUAUUCAAACAAGCAAGUUACAACAAUCAGCGAAAAACUUUUCACAACAAAUUGGGAACUAUUUUCAAAAUUAUUGGUUUGGACACACACAACAGCAAACUUUGAACACACAACAAUAGUUAAAAAGUUUGCUAGAAAAAUUUCGUUUCGAUCUAAAAAAAAUCAACAACAACAAAAAAAAAAAAAAACAACCCCCCCCCAAAAAACGUAAACAAAAACUUUUUAUAAAAAAUUAAAAAAAAUAUAUAUUUUCGUGUAAAAGAAAAUAUUCAACGUCAUCAUCAACAAAAGAAAUUCGAAUAAAACCAACAGCGAGGAACUCUUUCCAUUGAAAAAGGUAAAUACACAGUUGUAAAUGCACGAAGUUUCUGAAUUAUUAAAGACAAUCGGUAAAAUUUAAGCUUAAGAAAUACAACUCCAGGAAAGAGAGAAGCCCAUCAUCCUGAAAAGUAAGCAAAAAAACACAGCGAACGCAGGACGGAUUCAUUCAUCAAGCAAUCGGAUAUUGCAUUGAACAUUCACAACAACAACAACAAAUUAAAUGCGAAAAACGCAUUUUAUUGGGAUUACAAAAAUAACAAAACAAAAAUCGGUUUGGCAACAACGACUUCAUUUCAUAAACAACAAAAACGACAACAAGAACAACAACACCCUUUGCUGUCAUCAAAAACAAGCAGCAACAUCAUCAUCUCUAACCACAGCAGAAACAGUGGCCAUUUGGAAAAAGUGUCGCUGUUUAAGAAAAAGAAGAAAAAUUCAAAAUUCAUGGUUUGGCUUUUCUAACGUUAUUCAACAUAAUCCCAAUUUACAAAAUACCAACAACAAAAACAAUAACAACAAAGUAUCUUAAAACUUCUUCAUCCAUCAUCAAAAUUUCUUUGAAUGUCAUCAAGUGCAUCUGCCAGAGCAACGACAUUUUGGUUUAUGUGACAUUUGGUUUUCAUGUAAAGCAAAGAAAUUAUUCACUUCAGCAUUUAUACAAAAUUCAAAAAUUCAAAACGCAACAACUGCGAAAUCGUCAAAAACAACAACAACAACGUCAUUACAUUUUUGGCUAUACCCAAACGGCAAUUAUUUUUCUGUUAAAACAAUCAAAUUUAUUCGUCGAUUUAUUUGUUUUUCUAAUUUGUUAAAUCUUCAAUAAGGUGGUCUUUGCGAUCCACUCUACGUACCUAACAACCAAUCAACACAUACCCCCACAUCACAGCAUCAUGGAUCCCCAACAACAGUUUUGUUUGAAAUGGAAUUCAUAUUCAUCAAAUUUGGCCAUAACAUUUUCAAAUUUAUUCAAAUCGGAUUUGCUGGCAGAUGUUACACUAUCAUGUGAUGGCACUGUUUUCAAAGCUCACAAAUUAAUAUUGGCGGCAUGUUCGAAAAAAUUUGCCGAUCUCUUUGAGACAACACCCACAAAUGGACAAUGUGUUGUCAUACUGGAGGCAACGUCCUCCGACAACAUGGCGGCAUUGCUCGAAUUUAUGUACAAAGGUGAAGUACAUGUCUCACAAGAGGCCCUCAACAGUUUCCUCAAAUCUGCCGAAAAUUUACAGGUCAAAGGUUUGUCCACGGAAACAGGGCGUUUGGCAGCCCAGCAGGCUCAGCAACACAUUGAAUCCUCUUCGCUGCUGGAUUCCCCCAGCCGACGCAGUAUACGUAACAGCAUUAGCGGUGCUGGCAACAACAGUCUAACCGGCUCUUCCAGCUUGGGUUCGGGUAACAUAAACAGUUCCGCCGGCGGCAUCAAUGCACCGGGCGGAGGUGGUGGCGGUAAUUUAGGUUUACCGGAACGUUGUCCCAGUACAGGAGGUAUAAUUAGUGGCCCACCAUCGGGUACAAAUAGUUCUGCUGGUGGUAGCUCUGCCGCUGGUUUAGGUAGCGGCGCUGGCGCUGCUCUCCAUCUCGGUAGCUCUACCGGUAGUCUGAAACAAGAAUGCGAUUCACUCAUGCAUCCCAGUAGUUCAACAUUGGGAAAUAUGUCCUCAUAUGUGCCGCCCAUGUAUAGACCAAUUUCAUAUGAACCAUUGCGUAAACGUGCCCUCCGCAGUCCCUAUGCCGAACAGGAAGUACGUGGCAGUGUGCUGAGAGACGGUUCGAAAAAUCCAUCAGAGUGUCCAAGCCCGAUCAGUAAACCUCCGUAUCAUCGACCAUCGUCCAGUGCAUCGUCGACAGCACCAACAGAGGCAGAUACAAUGCAUUCGGAAAGGGCAUCGCCACAAUCGAGUCGUUACGAUAAUCACAGUCCCAGCACCACAGGAGGCAAUGGUAAUACAAACAGCGGCACAUUGGAUAGAUCGGUUAAAAUGGAACGUAAUAAUGGCAGUACAAAAGAGGCUAACAAUGAUGAUGAUCAUGAAGAUUUAGAUGAUCCCAGAGAGAACUGCGCUGAAGAUUUACGGGUUAAAUUGGAAAAUUCCAAUUAUUCACCCCCACCACCACCCACCUCAAAUACCUCACCCACCACACCAACCGCUUUAUUGGAGAGCCUAAAAAAUCCUGAUGGCUCUUUGCCCGGUAGUUUAGCGGCUUCAAUACCACCCGCCGAUAUGUUAAAUGUAUGGAAUGCCACAAAAUUGAAUAAUAAAAACAGUGGCAUGGUAAAUACAGCUGAUGGCAAGAAACUUAAAUGUUUGUAUUGCGAUCGUUUGUAUGGCUAUGAGACAAAUCUGCGAGCGCAUAUACGGCAACGUCAUCAGGGUAUCCGGGUGCCAUGUCCGUUCUGUUCACGUACAUUUACACGCAACAAUACCGUACGCCGUCACAUUGCAAGAGAACACAAACAAGAGAUUGGCCUGAGUGCUGGUGCCACCAUUGCCCCAGCUUCCGUUGCCGCUGCAGCAGCGGCCACCAAUCAUUCACAAUAGGAUGCGGCCGCAACAGCGGCGGCAGCAGUAGUUAUGAGUGCACAAAAAGAGGCUAAUAAACAACGUAAACGCAAGUCAUUAAAAAUGGCACUGGAGAAGUGUAUGCAGCGCAGAGAUGCUGGUGGUGAUCAACCACAGCAACCACAGGCGCUGAUUACUUCUCCAACCAUGACAGCUCCGGCUGUUCCUCCUGCUAGUACAACAACAUCGCCAACUAAGGCUCAAACCGAGUCAACAUUAGAUCUAACCAAGGAUGAUGAAGAUAAAAAUCUUAGCCAUGAAAUGGAUACCACAGAAACUGAAACCUCUAUGGAUACAUCCGCUGAAGUGGCAAAUUCAGAAUUGUCCAAAUCUAGAGUUGAAGAGGAGGAAGAAGAUGAGGAUUUGCAAUCUGCGGAAUCAUCGUUUAAUUGUCAAAAUUUAAGCAAAGAAACAAAUAACCAGGAUUCUUCAGAUGACAAACCCUUAGAUUAUACAAAUUCUUCCUGCAACAAGGAGCCGAAGGCAGAAGUUGCAAAAGAGCACGAGCAGGAGCAGGAACAGGAGAAGGCGAUGGAGCAGCAAACUGUUACACAAGAAUCGCAGAUACAGCAGGAGAAAAAUAAUAACAACAACGAUGAUGAGAAUGACGACAACAAUGUUAAAGAAAAAGAAUUAGCCUCUACAAAAAGUGAAUGAAGAAAUUGACAUCAAUUUUCAUUCAAAUCGCGCAGCACUCAUUGAGAGUAAAAAAAAAAAGAAAAUGCCUAAAUAUUAAGAAAACUACUGUUGCAACUGCUGUUGCUGGAUGGAAUAAAACAAUAUGGCCAAAAAUAUUAGUUUUUGGCCUAAAAGGCUUUGUUAAGCAUAUGAAACAUGUGGAAAGCCUACAAAAAAAGAGAUAAACUAAAACGCCAAAACUCUUUUAAUGCUAAAUUUAUGUUCUAAUCUUAACCGAAGAAAGCCUAAAAGCUGUAAACUAAUUUGUCAUUAUUAUGUACAGAGCUACUAUAAAAAAAUGUGUGAAUAUUUUGUUUUUUGUUUUGUAAUUGUAAUCGUUUAGUUUGCCAAGAAUUUUUCAGUUUCCAUUUUAAUUAUUAUUUCUCCGUGUUCAUUGUUGUUAAAAGAAAGAAAAAACAAAUAGUACGAUUUUCUCGUUGUUACAUAAAAUCGUUAAAAUGCAAAUUUUAUAGCAAAGAAAACUAAAUCAAUGAAAGAAUGAAUGAAUGAAUUACAAUCAAUCAAUCAAGCAAAUAAUCAUUAUGAAAAGAAUCCGACUGAAAAAUCGUUUUCAGGGUGCUAAUAAUAUUUUUUUAGUUUCUUUUUGUUGAUGAUCUUUAAUUUAAUUGAAUUGAAAAAAAAAAACAA